AGCAGCAGAAUCUUCUGAGGUCUCCUCAUGCAGGCUUGAGAGACCUCGUCGUGUCGGUAGGUGGAUAUUCAGCUGCUGGGUCAUGCUUUGACCAUUUUUUUUCUCUGUUUAGAUCUCGAGGACAUCAUAUUUGCAAUAUUAAAAAUUCGUAAAUAUCCAAUUGAAGACAUAAAUCCCAGGAACGGAUAGUAUAAUUCACGUUAAAAAGGUGCAUCAACGGAAGACAAAUCAACUCUAAAUUUCAAUUUCGGCACGUCACACGCUCAUCUUUUCACUGAACGGAAAAUCACGCCAUCUGCCCUAAGUAUUUGGACUUGAAGAGUACAAUUAUUGUUUGUCUUUUUAUGUCGACAAACAAACCGCUCCUCACUUAGCAUUACGCGGAGCAAUCAGCACCUAUCCUGUCUAAACACGUGGAAAAUAAUAUAGUGAAGGCCGUGAGAACAGCGACAGAUUUACAUCACAGUCAUAUGUGGUACCAUUUCGGUGUAGGUCUGCCAUGAUGAGGUGUAAGGUGUUGAUAGCGUGUCUUUCAGUUUCAAUUGCGAUUACGCUUGUUACGUUCGGCGGGGGCAUGAUUUCUACAAUUUACCCUGCUCUCCUCAGAAUAUACAGACAGCCACAAUCAGAGAGGACGCAAGGACAGAACCCGGCGCAAGGAUUAAAAUGGAACAAAAUAACCGAGGUAGAAAGAAAAGAUGCCGCCAGACAAACAUGUUCUCCGCAUUUACAAAGUGAACAUAAUGGUUUCGAAACAGGGGACAGCAUCGAAACGAUCCUUGGUCGUAUCAAUUCGACUGAUCCAAAGUGGACUAAAAAAGUUGACAAUUGCUACACCUACGACGGGAAGCAGUCACCGAUUCCCGGGAGCUUGCUAGAGAAGAGACAGUGCCAAAAGAGAAUGCCAGUAGCCAUAGUCAUAGGCGUUAAGAAAGGUGGUACAGGUACCCUCAGUAGGUUCCUCGGUCUUCAUCCAGUCAUCUCCAUAACUAGGGAGAUGCCGUUCCCUGGAAAACAAGUCAAUGCUAGUUCUAUCACUAAAUGGAUCCAACUUAUGCGUUUCAGUAGUCCGUUCCAACUAACCAUGACAGAAAGUCCCGGUUUCUUUCAUUCUCAUUUGACCUUGGUCUUCCAAUCGUACCUAUCGUCCAGUGUCAAGUUUUUUGUCAUCUUACGGGAUCCUGUUGAUAGGGCAAUCUCAGAGUACCUCCACUACGUAGCACAUUCCAACGCUCCCAAAGAUCGACCCUUUGACAUGAUCUACAAGAACGUCAGGAUCCAGGAAACGUUCGAAAAGACAAUACUGGAACCUGGCGGUGAUAUUGUUGUAUCAAAGUUCACAUGGCUAGGGCUGUAUAUCAUUCACAUACAAAAAUUACUGAAUUUAUAUGAGAGAGACCAAUUCAUGUUCAUUGACGGUGAUGCCUUUGCGAAAGACCCUUACCCAACUAUGUCGAAAGUAGAAGAAUUCCUUGGAUUACCAAAGUUCUAUAAACGAUCACACUUUGUAAAGUCCAAAACAAAGGGGUUCUUCUGUGCGCAAGUGCCGGAAAGACCCGAUUUCGGAUGUAUGAUCCCAUCGAAAGGACGCCCUCACCCCAAAGUAUCUGAGGAUGUCUUGAGAAAGCUUCAGGACUUUUAUCGACCCUACAACAAAGCGCUUCGUGACCAACUUGGAUUGAACUUUUCUUGGAUUUAUAAGAAGAAAUAGGAGAUUGAUAUUGAAUAUGAAAAACGGAAUACUUUUCCAGUUUCUAUCACUGUGAAUAAUACAAAUAUCAACCAAGGUUGGCUAGAUGACAUGCCACGUUCAUCACAAAAACUCUCACUAGGUAAUCGUAAUUUUAAAAGGGGUGGAGCAAAACACAAUUCGAUGAAAUAUUGAACAUAUACAAUCCCCUCAAUUUAGGCCAUUUUCAAUAUUUCGUCUUAACUUUCCAUUUUGAUGACAUGGAAUGCAGAGGCAUUAAAUAUGAACUCUCCCGGUGUGAAACUUGAUAGUCAAACAAAGUGAUAGUCCACAAAGCAUUCACUUACCU